CUGUCAGUUCUUUCCCACAUGUCCGACUCUGCCUCUUGAAAGGAGAGGUGUGCUAAUACCUCCGUGCCAGGCCGCCAGACAGUCACUCUCUAGCCUGUCCUCGACUCUCCAACACCAGCCAUGCAGAGUGUAUCAUCAGCGCUGCUGCUCUUCAGCCUGCUAUUCCUGAGUCAGGAGUAUGGAGCCCUGGGGACAGAGACUCUCCGACACGCUGCUGCCGUAUCAGCCGGCCUGUGUCAGACGCGCCCCACAGACCUGGUAUUCAUCCUCGACUCAUCUCGCAGCGUGCGCCCCUCCGAGUAUGAGCAGGUGAAAGUCUUCGUGUCCAAGGUUAUCGAGUCCCUCAACGUGGGCCCCAACGCCACCCGCGUUGGCGUGGUCAACUAUGCCAGCCAUGUGAAGAACGAGGUGUCGCUCAAGACCCAUCACAACAAGGCCGCCCUGCUGAAGGCGGUCAGCAAAAUCGAGCCGCUGUCCACCGGCACCAUGACCGGCCUUGCCAUACAGUUCGCCAUCAAUGUGGCCUUCAACGAGGGCGAGGGCGCCCGAGUGGGUUCCCCGGAUGUCAGCAAGGUGGCGAUAAUCGUGACAGACGGGCGCCCCCAGGACAGCGUGAAGGAUGUGUCCGCCCGCGCCCGCGAAGCUGGCAUCGAGAUGUUUGCGAUUGGCGUGGGCCGCGUGGACAUGCACACACUGCGGCAGAUCGCCAGUGAGCCGCUGGAGGAGCACACCGACUAUGUGGAGAGCUACAGCUUCAUCGAGAAACUCACACAGAAGUUCCAGGAGGCCUUCUGCAUGUCUGACCUGUGUGCCACCGGAGACCACGACUGUGAGCAGAUCUGUAUCAGCACCCCCGGCUCCUACAAGUGUGCCUGCAACGACAGCUUCACCCUCCAGGAGGAUGGCAAGUCCUGCAGAGCCUGCAGUGCCUUAGCCACGGACGUGGUCUUCCUGAUCGAUGGCUCUAAAAGCGUGCGGCCCGAGAACUUUGAGCUGGUCAAGAAGUUCAUCAACCAGAUGAUUGACAAGCUGGAUGUGUCAGAGACAAAGUCGCACGUGGGGCUGGUUCAGUACUCCAGCUCUGUGAGGCAGGAGUUCCCACUGGGCCGCUUCAACACCAAGAAGGACCUGAAGGAAGCAGUGAAGAAGAUGUCCUACAUGGAGAAGGGCACCAUGACGGGCCAGGCCCUGCGUUACCUGAUGGAUAGUAGCUUCACCCCCAGCCAUGGGGCCCGGCCCGGUGUCACCAAAGUGGGCAUCGUCUUCACCGACGGGCGCUCCCAGGACUACAUCGGAGAGGCCGCCAAGAAGGCUAAGGAGAACGGGUUUAAGAUGUACGCGGUGGGGGUGGGGAACGCAGUGGAGGACGAGCUGAAGGAGAUCGCCUCCGACCCCAUCGCAGAGCAUUACUUCUACACGGCCGACUUCAAGACCAUGAACCAGAUCGCUAAGAAGCUGCACUUGAAAGUGUGCGAGGAAGAGAACCCAUGUGAGUGCGAGAACAUCGUCAAGUUCAACACCAAGGUAGAAGAAGCCAUAGCAGCACUAACGAAAAAAUUGGAUGCCGUGACAAAGAGGAUUGCCAAGCUGGAGAAGCGGCUCGUUUAGAGACACCGAGCACCCGUCCCGUCCUUGUUUUAAACAUCACAUUGUAACAUACUGAGAGUCCCGGCAUGUACUCAGCUGUGCUUUCCCUAUUGUAUUCCAACCCUGUCCAGCUUUGCCUUCACACAAGCCUCUCUUGCGUGGAAGACCGGAGUGUUGUAUAGAGUGCCAUUGAGUAAGAAACCUUGUAUAAAUGCAGGAAAAGCAACAUAUUUAAAGCUUAAUAUGUGUCUCUGCCCAUCAAGAUAUUUAUUGAUAUACAGAGAUGACGGUUCUAGUGUUAUUGCUUCUGUGUGUUUGUCUGCUUAUGUUUGUCCUUUUAAGUUCUAAAACCCUAAAGUAUCUAUUAUAUUUAAUAUAUAUAUACAAAUAAUUUAAUAUAUGAUUUGACAUUACAUUUUGGAUGCUUUUUUAAUGAUAAACGGAAAUAUAAUUGUACAGAGAAAGAACAAUACAGACGCACCCCAGGUGAAAUGAUAAUAAUGCACGUAUGAAUGUGCCAUACGUUUUAUAUCUGGCUCUUGUACAGUGUUAACAGAGCAUGCGAUCAUUCUGCUUCCCUGACACGGAGCGUUAUAAUAGCAGGUGAAGCUGAAAGAAGUAGUGCGUUCCUUGUUAAUAACUGUCAUUGAUUUUAAUGUCAUUUCUCUAGAUGUUUUAUUUGUUUUCUUAAAGUGUAACCACAAACGCUACAUCGUGUCACGUGUUGGGUUCGUUUAAAACAAUUCAAAUUUCUUGUACAAGACUAACAUUUUAAAUGUGCUUCUCUUUACUCUAAACUCUUCAACUUCCUUAAGAAAAAGCACCACUGUGGUCAGGUUUUAAUGAAGAAUAAAAGUUUUAUUUAUUUGUUUUAUUAUUUAAAA